AUGAAGCUAAGGCGAAAAAAGGCACAGCGUCCGCCAAAGAUGUCAUCCCUCACAGCGACGUACUCGUCUCCCACCUCCGCCGCGCAAACCUUCUCCUCCGAGCUGCCCGCCAUCUCCUCCACAGCUUCGACCGCAGGCCGCGUCGCAUACCUCGCAGAGCUCCAGACCUCAUUAAGGACGCUGCAAAGCGAUGUCAAUACCUUUUUGACGCAGAAGAUGGUCGAUGACAAGGCAGCGGAUGAUGCAAAGGCCGAGGAAACCUAUGGGGAGGAAGUUGUCGACGAGGAUUGA